AUGCGAUUCUUUGCAGUACGCCUUGCCGCUAGGUAUGACCAGAUGCUGCAGAAACGACCCUUAUUAACACAGUGCAUAACUGCUGGUACUCUUUGCGCCCUGGGCGAUUGUCUGGCCCAGCAAGUCUUUGAAAAGCCAGAAGUGCACAAUUUUGCGAGAACUUUGAAAAUGGCUGGUUUCGGAUUCUUCUACUACGCGCCACUUUGCUCAAAAUGGAUGGUUCUAGCGGAACGGCUCUUUCCCGGUACAAGUCCGGCAUCAAUGAUAAAGAAGGUUGUGGUAGAUCAGUUGAUUAUUUCGUCGAUUUUGAUGUGUUGCUUCUUGAUGAUAAAUGAAGUGUUGGAUGGAAGAGGCGUUGAUAGCGGUGUGAAGAAAAUCGAGCGUGAUUUUACCUCGAUGAUUGUUGCGAAUUGGCAAAUGGGCAGAUGGGUUCUUCUACGGAAGUUUCAGCAUGAAUUAAAAGAAAGGCCACUACGGACGCAAAUGAUCUUUGCGUCCGUGGUCGCCCUUGCUGGAGAUACUGUCGCCCAGAAUGCAGUCGAAGGGAAAACGCUUUUCAAAGACCAGGAUCAUGUUCGUACAGUGAGAAUGGCAUGUUUCAGUACUUUUGUUUGGACGCCUUUAGGCUAUAAAUGGUUUUUGUUCGCCUCACGUGUUUGGCCGAAAGCAACCUUGGCUAAUGUAGUCAAGAAAACCUCCAUCGACCAGUUACUCAUCAUCCCCGUUACUCUAACGCUCUUCCUUUGCACCAACGAAGCCCUCCAGGGAAGUUCAUUGGUGAAGAUCAAGAAGCGAAUCGAGUCCGAUUAUCAAACAAUUCUGAUCAAGAAUUGGCAAGUGUGGGGUCCCGUCCAGUUCUUUAACUUUUAUCUUAUUCCCGUGGCUUAUCAAAGGAUGGAGCUGUUCUGCGAUCCAGAUAUAUUCGAAGACGAAGAAAAAGUCGAGAAAACGAAGAAGAUACAUGUGCGUAAAAAUGAUAUAGAAUCAUAUGUCCCCAAUCAGCGAGAGAAAAUGUGGUUCCUCAGCAAAGUCGAACAAGAGAACCCAGAAGUUGUUGACUGCUUCAAUCACCCGGACAAAUACGUUCAGCAAGAUAUCUUCCAGGAGUUGGACAGAAAAGCGUUGAGGCUGAAGUCAUCUGGAGAUUACUUUUUCAUCAUGAAAGAUGAUAUUGAGAAAGCGCUAGAAUUGUAUCUUGAAAGCUAUGAAACUUGUACGAAGCAGAAUUCUGUAUUGAGAAGAGAGCUGAGCGAGGCGAUUCCGAUUUGUUUAGCUAAAUUAGAACGAUUCGACGACGCGUUAGCUCGGUUUAAAGAUCAUUUCAAAACAUGCAGCAAUGACGAAAUGAAAACCUCCCUCUUCAACGCUGUGCUGGACUCUUUGCCUGCUGAGAUGGCUCUAGAAUUUGGAAUAGAUGUCGUCGGUAUCCACAUGGACGAGCCACAACUCUGGGCGAAAGCUCUGAAGUUUCUUAAAUUUGGCACCGAACAGCAUCUUGUUUGUUUACUCGCGAUUCUGAGGCAAACGAAUUACACUCUGCGUCAUUCAGAAAACGAAGUUCAUGAUUUUUACAAAAAUUUGAAUGAGAAAUGUUCAAAAGAAAAGAACGAUUACGGAUUAUCAGAAGAAAGAAUAGCCGAAUACAGAAAGUUUCUACAUGAAAACUGGACUGACUGGCCUAAAAUGGCUUCGAAUAGUUUCCAGAGGCUGUCUCUCGUUAGAUCAACGAAAUUCGACCAGCUAGAGAGAAACGAUCCCUACUGGAGUUUUCAAUUUCCCACCACAGUCAAAGAAGACAACAAUAUUAGCCAUGUAUCGUUCAACCCUCAUGCGCCUCAUGAGCUGCUUGUUACAUCUGGAUUCCACAUGAGAAUAUUUUCAAGACAAUCUGCCAAAAUCGGAAAAACUUUCACUCGAUUUCGCGAGAAGUGCUACAGCGGAAACUGGAGGAACGAUGGAAACUUAAUUUGCGCCGGCUCUGAGGAAGGAGUCGUCCGUGUGUUCGAUAAGGGUACUCUUGCCCGUGCUCCUCUUCGCGAAUUCGCCGCUCACCACGAUUGCUGUCAGGUGACGACAUUCACUGCUGAUGGAAAAUGCAUCGUAUCUGGUGCCGAUGACGGGAAAGUGAAGCUUUGGGAUGUUUCGAGAGGCGAUAAAGUGUCAGAGAUGCUGGUUCACAAUGAUUACGUCCGAGCUGGAGCAGCUGCGCCAAAUGAUCCGAAUAUCUUUUGCUCUGGAGGAUAUGAUAAUACGGUCAAUAUGCUUGAUAUGCGGGCUAACGAGAUUACGAUGUCCUUCAAUCAUGGCAGUUUUGUCGAAUCAGUCGCGGUAUUCCCGUCUUUAUCGCUUAUUGUCUCUGCUGGAGGACCUAUUGUGAAAGUAUGGGACACACACAGGAAGAAACUUUUAACGACUAUCUCAAAUCAUACGAAAAACGUCAGCUCAAUUUGCUUCAACGACAGUCACACAAAACUGCUCACAGCUGGUCUUGACAAGCGCGUGAACAUCUUCGAGAUGAAUGAUUACAGUCGUGCGGCUACAGUCGAGUUCGAUGCUCCUGUACUCUCGAUGGCGUUGAGUAACGGAGAUCGAACGCUGGCGGCGGGAACUGCGGGCGGUUAUCUGUUUGUCCGGCAUAGAAAUGAACAUAUUAUCAAAAAUGUCCCGGAAGGCGAAAAACAUUUGUACAAGGAGCUUGAGCAAGGCGGUAGUUUUCAGAAGAAGCCUAACGCUGAUCAGGCCUACACAUAUAAAGUCGAAAGAAAAGAUGACGGCCAGGACCCUGUCAAGAUCGAUAAUGAAACAAGUCACAAACGAAAAUCGCAUGAAAACAGAUAUAACAAGCUGUUCCGCCAGUUCGAGUACAAGAAAGUCCUUUCGAUGGGUCUCGGUUAUAACAUCAGACGGAAGCGACCAGAAGUGUUGGUUGCUAUCUUUGAAGAGCUCCAUCGACGAAAUGUUCUCGAAAAAACUAUGUCAAGCAGAAGCGAAGCUGAAGUAGCUUCCAUUCUCAGAUUUCUAGGAAGGCAAAGACAGCGAUCCCUCAAAAUGGCAGAGAACGUGAUCGUCUCCGUCCGAUGGCGACCGCUAGUUAAGAGAGAGCAAACUAUAAAUGAGGAAGGCCGGGCCUACAACUGGACCUGGUCGGAGAACCAAGUCAUUCUCAACGAGAAUGACAAAGUUUGGGGAUUCGACAACGUCUUCGACACAAAGUCCACAAACAAAUGCGUCUACGAUAAGGUCGUCCAGCCUAUCGUAAAGAAAGCCUUGGAGGGCUACAAUGGGACGGUCUUUGCCUAUGGCCAGACUGGUUCUGGAAAGACGUUCACUAUGCGCGGCUACCACGGCGAACUCGGCGUCAUUCCACUCGCAGUGAUGGAGAUUUGCGACUCGAUCUCUCACUGCCACGAGCGCGAGUUCAUGAUGCAGAUGGAGUACAUUGAGAUUUACAAUGAACAGAUCCGUGACUUGCUCAGCACGAAGGAGACCGUGUCUUCGAAAAAGCCGUUUGUCGUUGAGAAUCCCGACGGAACUGUUGUUGUUGAUGGCAUCAACAAACCUUUGGUAGCCUCAAAAGAUCAGAUACUCGGCUUUCUCGAUCAGGGCGACAAAUCAAGAUCAACAGCGGCGACCAACAUGAACGAGCAUUCAUCGCGAUCGCACGCGCUUUUUCGGUUGCGAAUCGAAUCGCGCCUAAAAGACGCGCCCAACGACAUCACGAUCUCGCAACUGAAUCUCGUAGAUCUCGCGGGUUCAGAGCGAGCGGCGCAGACUGGUGCUAGUGGACAGACUUUGAAAGAAGGAUGCCACAUCAACAAGUCGCUCUUCAUGCUUGGGCGAGUCAUCAACGAGCUGACCACCAACUCAUCUCAUGUCUCCUACCGUGAUUCCGUGCUCACACGAAUCCUGUCUCCGGCUCUUGGUGGAAACGCACGGACAGCAAUAAUCUGCACCUUGACUCAAGCUUCAGGUCAAGAAACGAAGAGUUCGCUCAACUUCUCCGCUAGCGCAAAGAUGAUCAAGAACUCGGUUAAGAUCAACCAGGUCAUUAGCAAAGACACGAUCAUCUCGAAGCAGGAGAAGGAAAUCAAGCGACUCCGCGCAGAGUGUGAACGCAUGAAGGCUUACCCAACUGAAGCUGUUGAGAACGAGACGAAAGUUGACAGCGGCAACGAGGAAGAGAUGCGGCGGCGAAUAGAAGUCCUUCAAAAGAUGAUCAUCAAUUCCAAUCUCGCACCACAAGAGCAGCCGAAGAUGCCUGCACGGCGAAUGACCUGGCAUCCCAAUCAGAAACCAGCAACAGUCUUCAAGCGGCAAUCAAACGACGCUAUUCAACGGCCUCCGUCUUCAAUGACCAUUGUCAACGACGAAAAUGACUUCGUUCCCGCUUCUGAUUUCCUUGAUAAACUCGACGAGGAGGAAGAAAUGGCGAAGAUCAAACAGCUCAACCCGGGCAAGAAACGAACACUCUCUGAAUUAUCGCCAAAUAAGCGAAAUAUUCAAGUUCAAAAGAAAAUGAGAAGCUCAGCAGAAGGUCUGUCCGAGGAGAUCCAGGUUUCGAGAGUGAGCAUGGCGCAGUAUGAUCAGCUUGAAAAAAGCUAUGCAGAGGCGUUAGAGAAGAUUAAAACGUUAGAGUCUCAAAAAAUGGAGCCUGUUCCAGAGGAGCCGAAAAAUGAGAAUGACAUAGCGGAGCUGAAACAUGAAAAUCAAGACUUGCGGAGGAAGCUAGCUGCACUCGAAGAAGUGAAGCAGAGCACUUCUUUUGACGCGACGAAAUUAAUGCAAGAUCUGGAAGCAGAGAAUAUCUUGCUGAAAGAGAAGAUGGCGACGAUGGAGGAGGAAUUUGCAGUGAAAUCGGCUAAACUCGAUGAAAAACUUCAGUUGUGGGGCGAUGCUCAAAGUCCUGAUCAAUUUAUCGGUCAGAUCAAGAGUCUUCAUGUUCAAUUGCAGGAGAAAGCGAAGUUCGUCAACACUCUGGAGGAACAACUUGAUCUGAAAAGCAACGAGAUCCGACUGCUAAACGAACAGAUCAAAGAUCUUGAGUCGCAAAGAAGCCAUUCCCUCAACACUUCCACUAUCGAUGAGGUCGCCAAUUUGAAAGAACAUCUUCGAGAUUUGGCAGAAUCGUUGCAAAAAGAAGCUAGAGAGAGGGAGAUUCUUUCUUCUCAGAAUGAAGAUCUGAAAACCCAGCUAAAUGAACGCAAGAUCAAAGAUCAAGAGCUGCCGACUCCUUCGAAGUCGCCUAUCAAGCCUGGGGAUAGCACUCAGCUUACUCAAGCAUUUGCAAUCAACGAAGACAUUCUCGCUGAUCUUGACAAGCAAAUCCAGGAGAAUGAGAAGCUUCAAGAACAAAUCAAAAUUCUCCAAGAAGAAAAUGCAAGCUUGAAAGAGAUUCCAGAAGUCAAAUCUACUGAGCCAGAGUCGAGCGAAAUCGCGGCGAAAAAAGAAAUUGAGGAGAUGAAGGAAUUCUUCAAUUUGGAAAAUGAGGCCAGAAAAAGCGUUGAUGCUGAGAACGAAUCUUUGCGAAAAGAAAACUCUCUCCUAAAAUCGCAGCUGGAGAACUUGUCGAGUUUAACGGAUAUAAGCUCAAUCAACGAAGCGCAUCUCAAACGAACUGAGGCGGACUUCCACGAACUUGAAUGCAAGAUUUCGGUGCUUGAGUCAAAUCUGAGCGAGUCAAAUGAGAAACUCAAAUCAGCGGAGACCAGUGCAAAAGAAAACCAACAUUUCGCUCAAGUCAAUGCUGAACUUGAAUACUCACUCGAAAUGGAGAAAGAUAAGAACAAGCGACGUAUCGAGGAGCUAACUGCUGAACUCUCUGUUUUCCGCGAUACUGUGCGAGUGAAGACGACUUGUGAAAAUGUAAGCCAGACCGAGAAGGCAAGCACCGACGCUACAAUUCAAGCGACGGUGCAAGUUAACUCUUGUGGCACUACAAUUGAUCAAGAUAUGCCCGAUUCGCCAGAAAUGAUCUUCCUUCAAGAGCAAGUGCGAGAUCUCAACGUACAACUUUCGGAAGCGCGUGCUAACGCUGAAGGGUUCACAGCUCCACUCCAAGAGAAGAUCGAAUCGCUUAACCUACAAGUAGUUCGAUCAGAGGAACUCGCUGCGAAAGUAAUCGGGUUCGAAUCUGAACUUGCGGCUGCCAUCGCCGAUAAAAAUGCAAAAACGGAAGAGCUCCAGAAACUUCAAGCUGAUUACGUCGCAAUAGUUGCUGAGAAAAAUGAACUUCUUUCUCGAAUUGAUACUCAGGAGAAGCAACUUUUCGAUGUGACUGAUGCGAAUGCGAAGACGUUCAACGAGCUUCAGACUGAACACACUGCAGUUCUUGCCAGUAAAAAUGAGUUGGCUUCAAAACUCGAUGCCCUCGAGAAUGAGUUAGCUUCUUCAAGAGCUGAUCUUACAUCGAAGGUUGAAGCUCUGAAUCAACUUCAGUCUGAUCACGUGCUGGCUGUUGGUGAUAAGGUUCAGCUUUCUACUAAAGUUGGUGAGCUCGAGAAAGAGCUUGAAUUUGCGAUGGCCGACGCUAAAGCAAAGACAGAACUCUUGUCUGAUGCGAUUAAUAACAUCAAGUCGCGACAUGAAGAUUCUAUUUCUGACAUAAACAUGAAGACUGAAGAGCUCAAGAAACUCCAGUCCGAUCACGACUUCAUCCACCAAGAACUCUCCUCGCUCACUAAAGCUAAAGAAGCACUUGAGUCAACUUACGCGGAGGAGAAAGCUUCAUUCGCCGCUCAGGUUGCAGAUCUGCAGGAAAAGAUUCGUAUGAAAGAUGAGCUUAUCCAAAAUCUCAAUUUGGAGAUUAUGAAGAUCAAGGAGGAAAGCACUUCAUCAUUCAAAAAGCCACGAUUAUCAGACAUGGGAAUCUGCGAUGUAAUUGAUGUGUCCGGAUCAAGCGCGGUUGAAAUCAGCAUGAAAGAAGAGCCCACGCCAGCAUUAAGCAGAACUGAAAUGUCCAUGCUCGGUAUCGCCGAUGCAGACUCCAAUGGACCCUCCAGAAAGAACUCAAUUGAUUUUGGUCAUCAAGCUGAACCUCAAGAAGAUGACCGAGAUGAAAAGAUUAGAAAACUUGAGGAGAGUGCUCGCGAGUUCCAAAAUGAAAGAGCCAUCAUCUGUGACCGAAUCAGCGAACUUGAAGGCGAGAUCAGCGCAUCCAAAGGGCAAGUCGAGCAUCUUCAAGUUGAGCUUGAAAACAGCCGAGCUCUUGUCACGAAGCUUGAGACAGAAAUCCUCGCUACCAAGAAAGAACUCAAUGAUGCUUCGAUCAACACAUCAUUUGCAACUGAAACUGUCGAAGGAGGCAUGAAUACUUCAAUUUCUGAGCCUGAAAAAGUCGACGGCCAGAUGAACACCUCUGUUGUCGAGAAGAGCGCGAUGAUGGAUGCUGCAAUGAACACAUCAGUCCAGGAGCCAGAGUCUGCCAUGGUCACCGAAACGAUGACGAUAACUUCCCUUCCCCGGCCAGAAGUUUUCUCAUGCUCGAUGAACACAUCAGCGAUUCCAGAUGACUCCGCCGAGAUAGACUCGCUCAAAUCCGAGCUGAAAACCUUGAAUGAAAAGCUCCAAUCAGUUACGGCUGAACGAGACGAGCUGGCCUCAAAAUUGAACGAAAUUUCUUCUGCUCAUCAGGCGAUGCUCCAGGAAACUCAAGUAAAGAUUGAGGCGCUUCAAAGUGAUCUGUCUUUGACAGUUUCAAAGCUGAUGGAAGCUGAAGCCAGUGGCUCACAGGCUGCAACCAUAAGCAACGCAAGAGUUCAAGAGCUUGAGGCAGAACUAAAGUCCAAAUCGUCGAGCCUUGCUGAUCUCGAUGCCCAAGUUGCUGACCUCAAAAAUGAGAUCGAGAAGCAGAUCACUGCUUCCGGUGAAGAGUGCAAAAAAUAUGAGGCGACUAUUCAAGAAUUCGCGCAAGAAAGCACGAAAUUGAAGGAUGAGAUGGCAACGAUCCGAGAUCAACUUGAUCAAAAAGCGAAUGAGCUUCUAGCUGUCCAGAGUCAAUCCAAGGCCUUCGAGAACGACCUCCUCCUGAAGGAAGAAAGGAUAAAUGAGCUGAUGGCAAAGAUCAACGAGACUUCAGAAGACGCGAAAUCAAGUGCUUCGAAAUUGGACAUGCUCGAUGUGAUCCGUAAAGAACUUGGAGAGGCAAAUAUAUCCUGCCAAGAGCUAUUCGAAAAGAAUAAAGAGCUCUACGAAGAAAACAAGGCCCUGAAAGAAGAGAAAGCUCAUCAGGAAGAGAUGCUCCUGCAGAGUGCGAUGCAGUUCAAGAGCUUCCAAGAAAAGAUCGAAGAAUUGACUUCGGCCCGCGAAAAAGAUGAGCCGCUGAAAGAAAGCCUCAACAAAGAGUUGGAAGAGAAGAAUGCUCAGCUGACAGAAUUCAAAAUCCAAGUCUCUGAGCUGAAUGAGGAACGCGCAACACUGUUCAAGACGAUCGACGAACUGGAAGCAGUCAAGGUCAAGUACGAAGUUCUUCAAGAGUCCAGUACUGGAAACGAAAAGACGAAGAUCGAGAAUGAGCAUCUCAGAAAGCGCCUCGAGCAAGCGUGCGAGUUCAACGAGCAAGAAGUUGAGAAGCGAAAAACGAUCGAAAACAAGCUCGCUGCGACGGAAGCUUCUUUGGCCCAAUCUGAAAAGGAUUCUGGCGUGUUUGAAAAGCAAGUCGAAAUUCUUCAACGAAAAUUUGGUGAGCUCGACACGCAAAUCUUUGAGAAAAAUGAGAAGAUCGCACUCUUGGAAAAUGAGGUCAAAGAGCUUCAAAAUGCCAAGCGCUCGUUGGAGGAGAAGCAGCGUGAAGUCGAUCCAGAAGAGAUCUUGCGCAAAGACAGACAGAUAAAGAAUCUGGAAGACACCUUGAUGGCGUUCAAGAAAGAGGUUGAGUCGGUGCGCGACGAAAUUGAAGACAAAGAUCUCAACUUCCGCAAGCUCAAGUGCGAGUAUGAGAAAAUUGAGUCCGAGCAGGAUGGACUCAAGAGAAAACUCGCGACGAAAGAGAACAUCGCUCAAAUGCUCGAGCAAGAGUUCAAAAAGAACCAGAAUCUCCUAUCUGAGAAGACGGACAAAGUUAUUGAGCUCGAAAGCGUCGUUCGCAAGUUCGAAAACGACGUCGAAAGGCUAAAUCGCGAAGUUCGACUUGCAAAGAGCUCGGAAGCGUCUGAUGAAGUCAUUCAACGCCUGCGAAAGGACAAGGACGAGCUCAAAAGGACGCUAGUGGAGAUGGAAAAGCGAAAGAAUCAGUACAAGAACAUGCUCGAGACUCAAAAAAUGACCAAGAGUGAGGAAGAAUGGAAACUGAUGCGUGAAAAGCUUCAAAAAUAUUAUAAACUUUUCAACGAAGAAAAGAAAAAAGCCGAGGAACUUCAGAAGCAAGUCGCUUCGCUCAAGUCCGCCGCUGCUCCUCCUCGGCCUCCCUUGUCGACUCAGGCAUUGAUUGGUGGCACUACACAAAAUGCGCCAGAAGCUCCAAAGACGCAGUGCAAAGAAGAGAAGAAGGUCGUUAAAAUGAAGCUUGAAGAUGAGUCUCCUGCGCGCAACACACGAGCCUCACGAUCUCGCGCUUCAUCGAAAAAAGAAGAAGAUGAGAACUGCAAGCAGCAGUGA